CACGUUUUAGGAUGUUGUAGUUGGGAGUCACCAAUAUUUACCCUCUUCGCCCAUUAUUUUACACAGCAUCUUAUCCGAGACUGACAAUGACGUUAUUUCACUUUGGAAACUGUUUUGCGCUUGCCUAUGUGCCAUAUUUGAUCACAUAUAAGUGUUCCGGACUGUCAGAGUAUAGUGCAUUUUGGAAAUGUGUUCAAGCAGGAUUCGCCUAUCUUUUUACACAGCUCUGCAAGAUGCUUGUGUUAGCUACAUUCUUUCCUGCCUCAGAUCCAAUCAGUGGUAGCUUAGACAUCCUGGGAGAAUUUAUGAAGGCGACAAUAGACAUAGCUGACUUAGUAGGGCUAUAUUUUGUAAUGACGAGUAUAGCUGGAAAAGGUGAAAUUAAGUUUAUGGUUGCUGGAAUGGGAUGGGCUACAGCAGAGUUGGUCAUGACCAGAUUUCUACCAUUGUGGUUUGGUGCACGGGGCGUUGAGUUUGACUGGAAAUAUAUUCAGAUGAGCUUUGAUUCAAAUAUCAGUUUGGUACAACACAUCACAACAGCUACGUUAGUGUGGUUAUGGGGUAGAAAUGAUUUACACAAAUCUUUACAACCUGUGGUAGUGACGUUAUUAGGACUCAGUUGUUACAGACCUCUCAUUGUGGAGAUUCUCAUCCAUGCUAUUGGGUUGGGUUCAUGGACAUUACUUCUGGCUAAAGCACUGUUCACUGGAUGCAUUGGAAUUGUAGGACUUCAGAUUUACAUCGGACUCGCACAUGCUGUAAACGCAAACAACUGAAGAGAGAUGACAAAUAUUAUAGUGGCAUAGAUAGAAGAUGAAAUCAUUUGAAGGGGGGGUAUAUUCCUGCAGUCGUCAGAACCAUCACCUCUGUGGAGCAAACCAUUCUACUAUAUAGGGGUGUCCUCAACACCUAGAAAUGUGACUGUAUAGUUGUAAAAGUGUUUCUGAAAAAAUGGGCAAGUGUGGUCUCUUGAAUAUUGACUCACAGAAGAAGAAGCUAUUGACUUUGCAGUUAUGUGUGGUAUUUGAGAACUUGUUUGUGGUCAAUAAAAAAUGUACAUCAGAGUGAGACGGUAUUUGUUACAAAUAAAAUAAAAGAAAAAAUAA